GUUUUGCUGAUCUUUGCAAAAGAAGACAACCAAAGUGAUGGUUUCUGGUGGGCUUGUGACAGAGCUGGAUACAGGUGCAAUAUUGCACGGACUCCAGAGUCAGCGCUUGAAUGUUUUCUUGAUAAGCACCAGGAAAUAAUUGUUAUAGACCACAGGAACUCCAGAUAUUUUGAUGCAGAAGAUAUCUGCAGGUCUAUUCGUGCCACAAAACCAUCAGAGCACACUGUAAUACUUGCUGUGGUUCCACGCUUAUCUGCUGACCAAGAAGAGACUUCUGUUCUUCCCCUUCUUAAUGCGGGCUUUGAUAGGCAAUUCGUGGAGAAUAGCAGCAUAACUGCUUGUUACAAUGAACUGAUUCAAAUAGAACAUGGGGAAGUGCGAUCUCAGUUCAAAUUACGGGCUUGUAAUGCAGUGUUUACAGCAUUAGACCAUUGUCAGGAAGCUAUAGAAAUAACCAGUGAAGAUCAUGUCAUUCAGUAUGUUAAUCCAGCCUUUGAACGGAUGAUGGGGUAUCGCAAGGGAGAGCUUAUUGGCAAGGAACUUACUGAGCUACCAAAAAGCGAUAAAAACUGUGCAGAUAUUUUAGACUCUAUCAACACAUUUAUUAAAAAAGGAAAGGAAUGGCAAGGAGUUUAUUAUGCAAGAAGAAAAUCAGGAGACAGUAUCCAGCAGCAUGUGAAGAUAACACCUGUGAUUGGACAAGGAGGGAAAAUAAGACACUUUGUGUCCCUCAAAAGGCUGCAUUGUACCAAUGAAAACAACAAACAGCUCUACAAGAGUCACCGUGAUGAGAAGUACACUGGAGACAAUGCUCAGUCAGAAUCCCAUUCCUUCAAAUGCAAGAACAGAAGGAAAGACUCAACUGAUAUUAAGUCAAUAACAUCUCAAAGUAGUGACGCUCCAAGUUUGCAGACCCGACGGUACUCUUCCAUGGCAAGGAUCCACUCAAUGACAAUAGAAGCUCCUAUCACAAAGGUUAUUAACAUAAUUAAUGCUGCCCAGGAAAACAGCCCUAUCACAGUAGCAGAGGCCUUGGACAGAGUUCUGGAAAUCCUGCGGACAACAGAACUUUACUCCCCUCAGCUAGGUACCAAAGAUGAAGAUCCUCACACAAGUGAUCUUGUUGGAGGUCUGAUGACUGAUGGUUUGAGAAGAUUGUCAGGAAACGAGUAUGUGUUUUCUAAGAAUAUGAACCUGAGCCAUAGUCACUUUUCAGUGCCAAACACCAUCAACGAUGUUCCGCCCUGUAUCGCACAGCUCUUGGAUAAUGAGGAAAGCUGGGACUUCAAUAUUUUUGAGUUGGAGGCUGUUACAAAUAAAAGGCCCUUGGUGUAUUUGGGCUUAAAAGUUUUUGCCCGGUUUGGGGUCUCUGAGUUUUUAAACUGUUCAGAAGCAACACUGCGAGCGUGGCUGCAGGUGAUUGAGGCCAACUACCACUCCUCCAACUCAUACCACAACUCCACACACGCAGCAGAUGUCCUACAUGCUACCGCCUUCUUUCUUGGGAAGGAGAGAGUUAAGGGAAGCCUUGACCAUUUAGAUGAGGUGGCUGCGUUAAUAGCUGCCACCAUUCAUGACGUAGACCACCCUGGACGGACCAACUCUUUCCUGUGCAAUGCAGGCAGCGAGUUAGCUGUGCUUUACAAUGAUACGGCUGUAUUAGAGAGUCAUCACACGGCACUGGCAUUUCAGCUUACAACUAAAGACAGCAAAUGCAACAUUUUCAAAAAUAUUGAUAGAAAUCACUACCGAACGUUGCGCCAGGCCAUUAUUGAUAUGGUUUUGGCAACAGAGAUGACAAAGCACUUUGAGCAUGUGAAUAAAUUUGUGAACAGCAUCAACAAGCCAAUGGCAUCUGAGGAGACAAGCCCACAUAGUGAAGGCAGCGACUGUGAAUGUACAGCGAAUAUAAAGAAUUUUCCAGAUAACCAAACAUUGAUCAAGCGCAUGAUGAUUAAAUGUGCGGAUGUAGCAAAUCCAUGUCGCCCUCUAGAGCUAUGUAUCGAAUGGGCAGGGAGGAUUUCAGAGGAGUAUUUUGCACAGACUGAUGAAGAGAAGAGGCAAGGUCUGCCUGUUGUAAUGCCAGUAUUUGAUAGAAACACCUGCAGCAUCCCCAAGUCUCAAAUUUCCUUCAUUGACUAUUUUGUAACAGAUAUGUUCGAUGCGUGGGAUGCAUUUGCACAUCUGCCUGUUUUGAUGCAACACUUGGCUAAUAACUACAAACACUGGAAAACACUGGAUGAGUUAAAGUGCAAGAGUCUCAGGCUCCCAUCAGAAAACAACAACUGA